AUGGGAGCUACAAUGAACUCUGAAACGGUGGAUUACUACUUCCUCUCUGGAGAAGCAUCCUCUCCAGUCAGUUACACAGGCAGCCUUUUUAUUAAAACAGAACAAUGCCAAGACCAGGAAUCCCUCUUCAACCUGAUGUCAGGGAUCCUAGGACUUUCUCCCUUCUCUGCUCUGGAAGCCCACCAGAGGCAGUCAGAGGCAAGCUAUACCAUCCCAGAGGCCCUCCAGAACCACCUGGACCUCUACUCCACCUGCCAACCUGAACUGAACAUCUCUGUACAGCCUUCUUUAGCUGAGCAAGGUUAUUCCUCCUUCUCAAGUCCUGACAGCCUCCAGCAGUUCCAAGCUUCCUCUGAAGUGAGGAGCUCUUCCCACUGCCUCUUUCAUGAGAAGCUUUUGGACAGUAAGCAAGACAUUAAGCUGUCCUCCGUCUCUCUGCCUGUGGAGAAGUUCAAAUCUUCCUGUUCCCAUUGGGAGCACCUCAGCCAAUCUCAUAAUUACCUGCCAGCUGAAUGUCCUCCUUCAGAGACCUUCCAUCCCAUCGAGGCAAGCCAAACCAUGUUUUCCCAAGUGGCCUCAAAAACUGAGAAUGUGCUGACUGUAAGCUGCCAGUCAGAACUCAACAAUCUCUCUGAACAUUCAGGGUCUUUUGGACCCCCUUUGGAUUUUGGUUGCAACACUGAAGCAUUCCUGACCCAUGGCCAGAUCCCCAAUGACUUUGUGGAUACAAAGGUCCCUAAACUCUCACCACAGCUCACCCAAGAAUUUGAAGCUUCUUUACCCCAUCCUGAAGUCAUCACAGCCUUGAUGAACCCCAACAGCAUCAAGGUGCCUGGCAACCAUCCCCCAUCAUCAGUCUCAAUGACAGACUUUUUAGCUCAUGUCCCCAGCUCUUCAGGCAACAGUUUAGGACUUAGCAGACCCCCGAGCAGCAUAGCAGGGCCAAAGAAGAAAAGCCGUCGAGGAAAAUGCUCCUCUAAAUGCUUCUGCCCCAAACCCCAUGAGAAGGCAUUUGCCUGCCCAGUAGAAAACUGUGUCAGGAGCUUUGCCAGAUCAGAUGAACUCAACAGGCACCUCCGAAUACACACUGGGCACAAGCCCUUCCAAUGUCGCAUCUGCCUGAGGAACUUUAGUCGCAGUGAUCACCUGACCACUCACAUCCGGACCCACACAGGGGAAAAGCCCUUCUCCUGCGAUGACUGUGGCCGCCGCUUUGCCAGGAGUGAUGAGAAGAAAAGGCACAGCAAGGUCCACUUGAAGCAGAAAGCUAGAGCAGAAGAGAAACUCAAGGGACUUGGGUUUUACACAAUGGGACUUUCCUUUGGGACACUCUAA